AUGGGUAAUGUAAUAAAACGACUAAAAGGUCCUGCUCAAAAUAUUUCACAACAUCAACAUAUGCAAUCUGGCCCACCCUUGGUUCAAAUCCAAUUGCAAGUACCGCGUGGAGGUGGUCCAUCCUAUCAAAACAAUGCAUCAAUACCACCUGUUUUUAGCCAGGGACCAUAUUCAUUACCAAUGAAUCAAAAUCAAGGUUCCUAUGAAAGUAAUAUUUUUCUUUCAAAUACAACCGACUGGUCUAUCAAUGAUAUUCAACGAUUGCGAGCUGAAUUUGCUAGUUAUGCUAAUCCAAACGAUAUGUCUAAUAUUGAUCAGGACGAUGGUCUCGAAGCCUUUCGUUUAGCAUUAGCUAAUCAAGCUCCUGAUAAUUCUGCAACUAAACAAGAAAAACGUGCAGAAUUACGUUCACGUUUUCUAAAUGUUCUCGAAUAUAUAAAAUCAAAUAAAAAUAUUUCACCUAUUCAACUUGAUUUUCAUCGUGAAUCAUCAUUAAUUGCUGCUCAUUGUCUUAGUAUAGAUUCGAAUUUUUCGCAAGUCUUAGUACAAGAUCUACAAACAUUUAUUGGUCAUAUACCAACAGCAUUAGUUCAUCAAACCAUCGCAACUGCUUUGAAAGACAAAACACCUUUUGUGUAUAUUGAUUCUUGUUUGAUUCAAUCGGCCGAUGAAGACGAUGAACAAUAUGACGGCUGUUCUUGUUCAUUGAAUGAUACUUGUGCAGAAUGUUCGUGUUCAAAUCGCUUUGGUAUUAAUUAUAAUUCAUUAAAUUGUUUAAAUAUAAAUAAAACUGGGCCAGUAUUUGAAUGUAAUUCUGAAUGUCGUUGCUCUUUUGAACUUUGUCAAAAUCGCGUCAGUCAAAAAGACGAUCAAUGUAAUAAUGUUGAAAUUAUAUCAACACCGAAUAAAGGUUCUGGUGUUAUUAGCAGAAAAUCUAUUCUUCAUCCCGGAACGUAUAUUGGCGAAUAUGUUGGUGAAGUUUUGUCAGAAAACGAAGCUCAUCGACGAAUAUUAGCAACUGAAAAUUAUGAACAUAACUAUCUAUUACUCUAUAAUGAACACCAAUCCGGAAAAAUCAUUAAAACGUUUAUUGACGCUCGUUAUUAUGGAAAUUGGACUAGAUUUAUUAAUCAUAGUUGUAACCCAAAUCUUCAUAUCGUACCUAUUCGAAUUGAUCAACCAACACCGCCUCGUUUAGCAUUUUUUACUUUACGAGAAGUUCAAGACAAUGAAGAAUUAUCAUAUACUUAUGGAACAAUGAUUGAUGAGAAACAUUCUAAACCGUGCCAUUGCUCAAGUUCAUCAUGUACGGGUUUUAUGCCUUAUCAGCAAACAGAUUGA